AUGGCGACUACGUCGACGACGCCGACAGCAACAGCACCCGCACCGCCGCCGCCAGUCCUAUCGAUAGCCACACCCCAUACAAGCAUCACGGCGCUGGAGGACCUCAAGGCAUGGAUGAACACAUGCAUAUCGUCUGUCCUGGAUAUCUCGGAAGGUAUCCAUGAGAUUGCCGACUCUGACUUUCUGCACGAGCUCGACGUCAUGCUUCUCUUGCUGCAAGACGUCCUCACGGGCGACGACGACUUGUCCCGUGCCCAAGCGCUUGCCGUGGAUGCGUACGGCGAUGCGUCACGGGAGAUGGCGGCGUACUUGCAAUCCCUCCAUCAAUCGCACGUGGAAUCCUAA